CCCACAGUCUAGCCUCACUCACUACCAGCACCCUAACCUAACCUAACCUAACCACAACCUAUCUAUUCUAACGUCAUUCCUGCAGCUAUGGAGUCCAGGAACGCCUCUACACUUAUACUGGUGGUGGUGGCGCUGCUGGGGUUUCUUCAGGGUGUCAGCGCGUAUCCUCUUGAUCCUAAUGUCGUAGCACAACUGCAGCCCCCCAAGGAUUUCUUCGCCAGCCCGUUCUUCAAUGCCUGGGCUCGUAUCAUUUUGGCUGGCUUCGGGUUUUCCUUCCUCACCGCAUCCGGCGUAAUUCUGGCGAUCAAGAGGAAGGAGAACAAACUGGCGAACCUAGAAGACUACUAUGACCAGCUGGAGGAAUACUUCGCUGAGGGGCCUGACUUCUUCCCUGAGGACUUCCCUGACGUGUUCCCUCUGCCCAACGAUUUCCCUACGCACGACUUUCCCUUCCCCGCUGAGCUGCCAGGCCCCGGUGGUUGGUUCGCGUCUGAUUACCUACGACCGGACGAUUCGGGUUUCUUCAGACGCAGCGAUGAUUCUGACGGGCAACCUCCUUCUGUGAGUCCUCUCCGCCGCCGAAGGAGAUCCAUAAAAGCUCCUCUCAUAUCCCCAGACCUGCAGGAGGCGAUACAGAAGGCCUUACAAGCCGAGGACACGCAGGAGAUGGUGGCAAAGACAGCGGAGUUAGUACAGGAUGUCGUGGAGAGGCUGGACGAGGAUGGGUGUCUCCUGAAGCUUCUGUGCCGCCUUCAGGAGAAACCCAAGGACGCCCGUAUUGUUGAGGAGGAGGUGCUACUGAACCUCUACAGCCUCAACGCCCCCAAAGGAUCCCCAGAGUGCGGCCAGGAGUCCCACAAGUGUUUCCUGAAGGAGUCGCUGCUGGAGGAAGCCUUCUUGUGGGGUGUCAAUGCCUCCUAAGGGCGUGACUUGUUAAAUUACGUGUGAAUGAUUUGUGUUUUCUGUAUAAUCAUGUUUUAGUGUUGU